AUGAGCAAAAUUAAGGAAAAGGAAUCAGAAAAUGAUGAUGCUUUUGGACUUUAUUUAAAAAGCUAAGUAAAAUAAGUACACAAUAAUUUUAGGAGUUAAAAAUACUUAUAGAAUUGAAGAAUCAAUUUUAGAAAAUAAUAAAGCUUUGA